AUGUCGCACACCGACGUCGACGUCCCAACAACCCAAAAGGCCUUCGUGCCCCUAGAAAACAACCCAGAAGUAAUGUCCCACCUAAUCCACCAACUCGGCCUCCCCCCAACCCUCGGCUUCACGGACGUCUUCUCAAUCGACGACGCCGACCUCCUAGCCUUCGUCCCGCGCCCCUCCUACGCCCUCCUCCUCGUCUUCCCCAUCUCCGCAACCUACGAAGCCUCCCGCGAAACCGAAGACGCCCAAAAAGAACCCUACACCGGCUCCGGGCCCUCCGAGCCCGUAAUGUGGUUUAAACAAACAAUCCGCAACGCCUGCGGACUAAUCGGGCUCCUGCACGCCGUGUCGAACGGCGAGGCGCGGAAACAGAUCAUCCCGGGCUCGGAUCUGGACGUUCUUCUCCGGGAUGCGGAAGGCUUGCAGCCGGUGCAAAGGGCGGAUCUGCUGUACGAGAGUAAGGCGUUGGAGAGCGCGCAUGCGGAUGCGGCGAAAUUGGGGGAUACGGCUGCGCCGGAGGCGGAGGAUAAUGUGGAUUUGCAUUUUGUGGCGUUUGUCAAGGGGGUGGAUGGGAGGCUUUGGGAGCUUGAUGGGCGCCGGAAGGGGCCGAUUGCUAGGGGGAGCUUGGGGAGGGGGAGGAUGCGCUUUGUGAGAGGGCUUUGGAGAUGGGGGUUAGGAGAUUUUUGA